CUCUUAACCGGUGUGGAUCUAAAAAUACUGCUCGCCUACUCGAACCAGGUCAUAAUACGAUCUUGCGGUUUAAGCGGCCCUAAAUUAGAGAUACCUUCGAGGACGAGAAUCUCUUCGAUUCGCCUCGGCAAUCGAUGCCAGAUCUGGCGUCCUGAUCCUGCUUGCUUUCAGGUAAUGAAGGACUUGCCUGAGGCAGUUGUGGAUUCAAAAUUCCUUAAGCAAAAUUUAGAUGAAUCAGUAGAUAAAGAAACUACAUCUAAUUCAGAACAUAAGAAUCUACCUGAUACGUCAGCAAAGGUUUCUUUAUUUUCAAGUUUUUUCACAUCCAAUUUCUCACUUUUUGAAAGAAACCCCAGCUCAUUUUCAGUAGAAAACAACUCUAGCAAAUCUAGUAGUUAUGGCUGGACAACAGCUGUAAAGAACAUUAUUAGUAGUGGCUCAAUGAGGAGGCUCCAAGAUCGUGUAUUAGGAUCAAGCAGUGCUGUCACUUUGAGCUCAACCAGUGAAAUAUGGUUUCUUGGCAAGUGCUACAAUCUGUCAUUCGAGGAGUCACAUAAUCCUGAUCCGGGCAAUAGUUUUACAUCUUUUCUAGAAGAUUUCUCAUCAAGAAUAUGGAUCACUUACCGGAAAGGUUUUGAACCUAUUGGGGACUCAAAAUUCACAUGUGAUGUCAACUGGGGGUGUAUGAUCAGAAGUAGCCAGAUGCUUAUUGCUCAGGCAUUGAUUCUUCACUAUAUGGGGGGAUCUUGGAGGAAACCCUCACAAAAGCCAUACGAUGUUCAGUAUAUCGAAAUUCUACAUCUUUUUGGCGACUCAAGCUUAUGUACCUUUUCAAUUCACAAUCUUCUUAAAGCUGGGAAGGCUUUUGGUUUGGCUGCUGGAUCAUGGUUGGGUCCUUAUGCUAUGUGUCGAACUUGGGAAACCAUUGCUCAUGCUCACAGAGAGCAAGAUGAACAUGGUGAACAUAAACAAAGGUUGCCUAUGGUUCUAUAUGUUGUUUCAGGUGACAAAGAUGGGGAACAAGGUGGAGCUCCAGUUAUCUGCAUUGAGGUUGUAUCUAGACGUUGUCAUGAUUUUAACAAGGAGCAACUAGACUGGGCACCUAUACUCUUUUUGGUUCCUUUGGUUCUUGGAUUGGAAAAAAUCAACCCCAGAUAUAUUCCUUUGUUACGGAAAACAUUUACAUUUCCACAAAGCCUAGGCAUUUUAGGUGGUAAACCUGGAGCUUCCACGUACAUUGUUGGUGUACAGGAUGAGAAGGCAUUGUAUUUGGAUCCUCAUGAAGUUCAAACGGCUGUUGAUAUCAAGAAGGAUGAUUUGGAAAGUGAUUGCACUUCAUAUCACUGCAGCACUGUGCGUCACCUAUCACUAGACAUGAUUGACCCAUCAUUAGCCAUUGGUUUUUACUGCAGAGAUAAAGGAGAUUUUGAAGACUUUUGUUCCCGUGCCACUCAGCUUGCAGAUAAAUCAGGUGGAGCGCCGUUGUUCACUGUUGCCCAAAAUCUUCCACACUCGAAACCAAUUUUGCACAAUGAUUGUAGUGCGCUUGGUGCUGAUAUCAACAGUUCGGAUGAUUUCUACUCAGAAAAUCUCAUUAAUGAUCAGACCCAAGAAGAUGAAUGGCAAAUUCUCUGAAGGGCCACAUAAAUAAAACCUUGUUCCAACACCAUGUUCCUCAAAGAUCAGCCUAACAUUGACCUGCUUAAAAUGCUGCAGUGUGCUGGAUUUUUUUUCCUUUCGUUAAUUCUUUGUAAAUUAUUAUCAAUAUUGUUACCUGUAAACAAAUUAUGCUAAUUCCUGGCUGAAGGACGGAUCAAGCCAAUGUACUAAUGGUUGAUCUUUUGUAUUCCAUAACGUCUCCAACUUAUACUUUCCAGUUAAUGAAAAAAUAAUAAUAAUAAUAAUUUAGUAGAAAAUUGUAAAUAUUUAUUUCUGAAUAAACUUGGUGAUUGUUA